AUGGCGCAAUCAGCUCUUCCCGAUAUCGUGAACAAGCCCGCCGAUGGCAUCUCCUACUUCACCCCCGCCCAAGUCCCACCCGCGGGAUCCGCAGCGAUUCCCCAGUCUGAUGGGGCACAGCCACCAAAGCUCUUCCAGCCUUUCAAAGUGCGGGGCGUCACUUUUCACAAUCGCAUCGGACUUUCCCCUCUAUGCCAAUACAGUGCCGACGAUGGCCAUAUGACAGACUGGCACAUGGCCCACCUGGGUGGAAUCGCCCAACGUGGUCCCGGCUUCCUGAUGGUCGAAGCAACCGCAGUACAACCUGAGGGCCGCAUCACCCCGCAAGACCACGGUCUCUGGAAGGACUCGCAGAUCGAGCCCCUCCGCCGCGUGGUGGAGUUUGUGCACAGCCAGAAUCAGAUCAUCGGUCUCCAGGUCGCCCACGCAGGACGUAAGGCGAGUACCGUUGCUCCCUGGUUAAGUGCGGCAGAUACAGCCUCAGAGGCAGUGGGUGGGUGGCCGAACAAUGUAAUCGGCCCAAGUGAUGCUCCCUUCCGCGACGAGUUCCCCACGCCCCAGGCAAUGACCAAGGCCGGCAUUGAGCAAUUCAAGAAGGACUGGGUGUCUGCUGUCAAGCGAGCGGUGAAAGCUGGAGUAGACUUUGUCGAGAUCCACAAUGCCCACGGCUAUCUACUUAUGAGCUUUGUUUCACCGGCCGUGAAUCACCGUACCGAUGAGUAUGGUGGUAGCUUUGAGAACCGUAUUAGGUUGACAUUGGAAAUCGCGCAGUUGACUCGAGAUAAUGUUCCCGAGGAUAUGCCUGUCUUCCUGCGUAUCUCGGCCACGGAUUGGUUGGAAGAAUCUUUGCCUAACGAGCCGAGUUGGCGUGUGGAAGAUACCGUUCGUCUGGCUGUGGCUUUGGCAGAAAGUGGCAAUGUUGAUGUGUUGGAUAUCAGCAGUGGGGGCAACCACAGCAAGCAGCAUAUUCAUGCCAAGGCAGCUUUCCAGGCGCCUUUUGCCAUCAAGGUGAAGGAAGCUGUUGGUAAUAAGCUUAUGGUUGGCUCGGUCGGUAUGAUAGACUCGGGUCACCUGGCAAACAGUCUUUUGGAGAGCGAUGGGCUGGACUUCGUCCUCAUUGGUCGAGGAUUUCAAAAGAACCCGAGCCUGGUUUGGACAUGGGCUGAAGAGCUGGAUGUUGAGAUCUCCAUGGCUCACCAGAUCCGCUGGGGCUUCGCCAGUCGUGGUGGUGGCGCUUAUUUGAACAAGCGCAGUCGUUCAUAA